GUCAUGACAUAAGAGUUCACCGCCAAUACUACAGGCUGCCUGAAGGAACAUUACAGCUGGCUAAGGUCAGCAAAAUGCUGAUGGCCCUGGAAAGAGGGAAAAUGGCAGAGUUCAAGGGACAAACUCUGGAUGAGAUCUCCAUUGAUCCGCAAGAGGAAAUAGCUCAGGACAGUGACCAGUCAGACUUGGAUGAAGACGACGACCAGAUGGCUGCUUCUACAUCAUUUUCUACGCCCUCCACACCUUCAUCAUCCUCCAGACCUUCAUCCUCCACACCUUCAUCAUCCUCCAGACUUUCAACGUCCUCCACACCUUCACCAUCCUCCAGUCCUUCAUCAAAUAAAUCCAGUGAGAGAGAGAGAUCCACCAGUGGAAAGCACAGCACACCUCCAGCUCAAGAUAAAUCCAGUGAGAGAGAGAGAUCCACCAGUGGAAAGCACAGCACACCUCCAGCUCAAGGUUCUUCACAAAGGAGAAGAAAGUGGUCGGAGGAGGAGGUCCAGGCAGUGGAGAAGACGCUGAAUAGCUUCAUAAGGUCCAGGAGGGUUCCAGGAAAAGCAGACUGCGUGAGAUGUAUUGAGGAGUCUCCACAGGCCCUACAGGACAGGAGCUGGACAGCAGUAAAGUUCUAUGUCAAAACCGAAUUGAUGCUGCCAAAAGAGGGAGAUAAGCUGCUGCUGCUCUGAAUUUAUUUUCAGUUAAGAAAAAGAGUUGAGUUGAAUUAGAACAGGUAUUCUAUCUUGCCAAGUUAAAAUGCACAAUAUUUGCAUUUCGUUCUGUGAUUAAUUUUUUGAUGUGCAUCUUUAACAGUGUUGGUUGAAUAAGCUGCCAAAAGAGGGAGAUGAGCUGCUGCUCUGAGUUUAUUUUGAGUUAAGAAAAAGA